ACUCGUAAAUGUUAAACUGAGUAAAUUAUCCAUCAUCUAUACGAUAGAAAAAACGAAGACUUUUUUUGGUUAUAAUGGUUAGGAAAUUAAUUUUUGUUUAUAAAUAUGAAUAAAUGUCGUUUUUGUUUAUGCGAUUUGAAUAAUCAAUUACCAAAUGUUUCCAGUGAUUACCUCCGAAAUAAAAUAACAAAAAUUGGUAUAAAGAUAUCUUCAAAUAUUCCUUUAGUGAUAUGUGAUGGUUGUUUACUUUUUAUUGAGAAAAUCGAUGAUUUUUUUGAGACUGUUUACAAAUCAGAAAUAGUUUUAAGUAGUCUAUAUAACAGUACCACAAAUGUUUCAAGCAGUUCGGAUUUAUCAAAUAGCAACAAUGAUAUCAAUUAUACAGAAGAAAUAAAAAAUUCAAAAAAUGGCAUUAAUAAUAAAAUAUCUCAAGAGGUGGUUGAUCAUGAUGAAUCAAUUUCAGAAACACGUGAAAUUAAAGAGAAGAAUGUUUUCCAAUGUAUAAAAGAAAAUCAGUUAUAUACAUGUGAAAUUUGUUCAGAGAAAUUUGAUGAUUUUUUCAAUUAUCAAGACCAUCAAGAAACUCAUAACGGACAAUUUGUAUUUCAUUGUUCCAAAUGUAACAAGGUAUUUUCAAGUAGGAGUGAAAUUGUUCAGCAUGAAAAUAAUCACAAAGUCUCUUGUGUUAUUUGUCGGACUGAAGUUUUGCCCAAAAGUUUGGAUGCCCAUAUGAUAAAACAUACAGAUAUUUUUAAAUGUAGCACAUGUGGCUCGAGACAUUCAUCACGAGCUGCUUUAGAAAAUCACUUUAAAGCUCGACACGCUGGUCUUAAAGGAUAUAUCUGUCAUAUGUGUGGUAAACAAAACAGUUGUCAAGCCUCUAUGAAUCGUCAUCUUGCAACUCAUCUUCAAAUUCGACCGUUCAAGUGUAAAAUGUGCAAUUUUGCUACAAAAUCUAAAACUAUUUUGAGUGUACAUGUAUCUAGGAAACAUUCAAAUGAAAAAUGUAAUUGUGAAAUUUGUGGAAAAUUAUUUAAAUCCAAGUUCAGCUUAAAACAGCAUAAAAAAAGGAUACACUCUCCCAAAAAGUUUGUUUGCAAACAAUGCGGAAAGUCUUUUAGCGAAAAAUUCAAUUGGAAUCAACACAUGAUUAAAAAACAUUCAAAAGAAAGAGUCUAUGAAUGUAGAGUAUGUCAUCAAGAAUUUUUCACUUCUAAUAAUUUAAAAAAUCAUAUGCAUGUUCAUAGAACAGGUUGUGUAAAUUGUUUCAAAUGUGGUAAGGUGUUCAUAUAUAAAAAAUAUUUGGAAAAACAUUUGAUGAAAUGUCAGGGUGUAAAAAUCAAAACUGAAACUGUUAAUGUUACUGUUGUUAAAUAAAUGAAUAAUAAGAAUA